GUUGGUUCUUUAUUCCCUUUCAUUUUUUAUCAUAGCUGCCUCCAAUACGUACACUUGGCACUAAUCAUGGGAGAGGGGGGGGGGAAUCGUCAGGAUAUGAGUCUCCUGAAAACAUGAAAUUUACAAGAAGAAAAAUAAUCAAAAAUGCUGAUAAAUGGCACAAUAACUUUUGUUUGUUACGCCUUUCGCGUUAGACUUUCCUUGUGGCGUUAGAAUUUGGUGUAAAAUGUAAUGUAAUGGGGUGUCUAUUUUGUAUUUUUAUGGCUUAACCCUGCUGUUCUGUUGCAAAGUGAACCCUUAUAAAGUUUACAAAUUCUCCUAAAUAUAUUUUUUUAAAUGUAAAAAAGGCCCCAUUUUUUUCUUUCAAUAAUAUACAUAUAUAUAUAUAUAUAUACAUGUAUGCAUGUGUAUAUGUAUAUAUUUGUAUUUAUAUACAUUGUGUAUGUACAUAUGUAUACUGUAUGUUUCUAUGCAAUUGUUUAUAUAUUUUAAUUUAUAAUAAUUAUUAUUUUUAUUUUUUUUAAUUGGAAUUAACCUUGAAUUCAAAAUGUCCUUUCAUUUACAAUGGCUGGAGUACCGCCGAUUCUGCAGCAGGGCGUGCCAAAAACUCCCGAACUGAGUUGACACUUGGUUGCAGUCAUUAACUGAUUUGCAAAUGACGUCUGUCAGUUUGUCCGUCUUAUUUCUUUUACAUCUGCACCCUGAUGCUCACAUCAUGAUUGCGUUUUAACUCCCGGCAAAACAAAAAUUACCAAAUUAGAUUUAUUUUUUCCUUGUUGUAGCCUACUUUUGUUUUCAAAAGAGCCCCAUGUAAGAAGAAGAAAAAGUGCACCUCCGCGGGUCUCUGGAUGCAAGUGACCGGGGAAGAGGACUCGGUUAGGGGGGACUCAACGCCGCCGAAGCUUGGGAGCUCUCCAGGCGACAAUAUGUGCAGCAAGUGCUACGAGAACCAAACGUUUAUCCACGACGAUGGCACCGCGAACGGCACGAACACACGCUGUUGCAAGGGAACGUUCCAAACCGUGGGCGGCACCAGUGGGGUGAUCUUGGACAUCUCCAGGCUGAAUGCGGAGCAGCCGGAGAGCGAGGUGCCCCCGCUGCCGCCUCGCUUCCGCUUCCGGGACCUUCUGAUCGGGGACCAGAGCUUUCAGAACGACAGGGUACACGUUGAGUUUUAUGUGAACGAAAACACCUUCAAGGAGCGUCUCAAGCUUUUCUUCAUCAAAAACCAACGAUCCAGCCUGAGAAUUCGCGUGUUCAACUUCUCCCUGAAGCUGCUCACCUGCCUACUCUACAUCAUCCGAGUGGUGACGGACCACCCGGGUCAGAGCGCCCACAGCUUCAGCCCGUCGAGCGCUCCAGCUGGCAACGCCAAAAGCAUGGACUGCCACUGGAACGGAUCGACACAGGACCGAGACAUUAACUGGGAGUUGAUCUUUUGGGUGGACCGGAAGAUUCCUGUCUGGGCCAUUCAAGUCACUGUGGCCAUCAUCAGCUUCCUGGAGACGAUGCUGCUGAUGUAUCUGAGCUACAAGGGGAACAUUUGGGAGCAGAUGUUCCAAGUGUCCUUCCUCCUGGAGAUGAUCAACACGGUCCCCUUCAUCAUUACGAUCUUCUGGCCGUCCAUUAGGAACAUCUUCAUUCCGGUCUUCCUCAACUGUUGGCUUGCCAAAUGCGCUCUGGAGAACAUGAUCAACGACGUCCACAGAGCGAUCCAGAGGACCAACUCGGCUAUGUUCAACCAGGUCCUCAUCCUCAUCUGUACUCUACUCUGCUUGGUCUUCACUGGCACAUGUGGAAUUCAGCACCUGGAGCGAGCGGGCAAACACCUCUCGCUGUUCAACUCCUUCUACUUCUGCAUCGUCACCUUCUCCACGGUGGGCUUUGGCGACGUCACCCCCCGCAUUUGGCCAUCACAGCUUCUGGUGGUCAUCAUGAUCUGCGUGGCCCUGGUGGUGCUGCCCCUGCAGUUUGAGGAGCUGAUGUACCUGUGGAUGGAGAGCCAGAAAUCGGGGGGCAACUACAGCCGUCACCGGGCGCAGACGGAGAAGCACGUGGUCCUGUGCGUCAGCGUGCUCAAAAUAGACCUGCUCAUGGACUUCCUCAAUGAGUUCUACGCCCACCCCAGGCUGCAGGAUUAUUACGUGGUGAUCCUGUGUCCGAGCGAAAUGGGCCUUCAGGUGCGACGUGUCCUCCAGAUCCCGCUGUGGUCGCAGCGAGUCAUCUGUCUGCAAGGCUCCGUUCUCAAAGACCAGGACCUGCUCAGAGCCAAAAUGGAUGACGCCGAGGCCUGCUUCAUCCUGAGCAAUCGUAACGAGGUGGAUCGCACAGCAGCGGAUCAUCAGACCAUCCUGAGAGCCUGGGCCGUCAAGGACUUUGCUCCAAACUGUCCACUUUAUGUUCAGAUACUCAAACCCGAGAACAAGUUUCACGUCAAAUUUGCAGAUCAUGUCGUCUGUGAGGAGGAGUUCAAGUACGCCAUGUUGGCCCUUAACUGCAUAUGUCCUGCCACCUCCACCCUGGUCACGCUCCUGGUGCACACUUCCAGUGGACGGGAAGGACAACAGUCUCCAGAGCAGUGGCAGCGCAUGUACGGCUGUUGCUCCGGUAACGAGGUCUACCACAUCCGACUGAGUGAGAGCAAGUUCCUUGGGGCGUACCGUGGCAAAAGCUUCACCUACGCAUCUUUCCACGCGCACAAGAAGUACGGCGUGUGUCUGAUUGGCAUCAGGAAGGAGGACAAGAGCAUCCUGCUGAAUCCGGGCCCACGCCACAUUAUGGAGGCCACAGACACCUGCUACUACAUCAACAUUACAAAGGAGGAGAACUCGGCCUUCAUCUUCAACGGGGAAGAGCAGAAAGGCGGCACUGGGGCACGACACUACGACGGACCCUCGCAGCUUCCCGUACACAGCAUCAUCGCCAGCAUGGGCACUGUCGCCAUGGACCUUCAGAACUCAAGCCCGCCAGGCCCCGCUGGCUCCAUGGCGGUCCCGCCCACGCUCAACGAAACGGGCAGCCGCCGGCCCAGCAUCGCUCCGGUUCAGGAGAUCGCAGACUCAUCCUCAAUCUUGCCGUGUGACCUCCUUGGUGACCAGUUGGAGGAUGACGCUGUCUUCACGGAUGAGAGAGGCCACUCAUUCACAGAGUAUGUGAAAGGUUACCCCCCUAACUCUCCUUACAUCGGAAGCUCGCCCACCUUGUGCCAUCUGCUGGCUGAGAAAUCCCCGUUUUGCUGCCUACGUCUGGACCAGGGCUGCAGGCACAACAGUUUUGAGGACGCAAAGGCAUACGGUUUCAAAAACAAGCUCAUCAUCGUGUCGGCGGAGACGGCCGGGAACGGUCUCUACAACUUUAUAGUGCCUCUCCGAGCGUAUUACAGGCCCCGGCAGGAACUCAAUCCCAUCGUCUUACUGCUGGACAACCUGCCAGAUAAUCAUUUCCUAGAGGCCAUCUGCAGCUUCCCUAUGGUCUACUACAUGGCUGGGGCUAUAGACAAUCUCGACAGCCUUCUGCAGUGCGGCAUCAUAUACGCAGACAAUUUGGUCGUAGUGGACAAAGAGAGCACGAUGAGCGCAGAGGAAGACUACAUGGCCGACGCCAAAACUAUUGUCAACGUGCAGACAAUGUUUCAGUUGUUUCCCAGCCUCAGCAUCAUCACGGAGCUCACACAUCCGUCCAACAUGAGGUUCAUGCAGUUUCGGGCCAAGGACUGCUACUCGCUGGCUCUAUCCAAGCUGGAAAAGAAAGAGCGCGACAAAGGCUCCAACUUGGCUUUCAUGUUCCGCCUCCCUUUCGCCGCGGGCCGAGUGUUCAGCAUCAGCAUGCUUGACACGCUGCUUUACCAGUCAUUUGUGAAGGACUACAUAAUCCUCAUUGCGAGGCUGCUGCUGGGGCUGGACACCACUCCAGGAUCGGGAUACCUGUGUGCUAUGAAAGUAACAGAGGGAGAUCUGUGGAUCGGUACCUAUGGCAGACUCUUCCAGAAGCUCUGCUCAUCCAGUGCGGAAAUUCCAAUUGGGAUCUAUCGGACGGAGUCGCACAUUUUCUCCGCGUCUGAGUCUCAGCCAUCGGUCGAUGAAUACAAGGACACCAGGGAUGGGGCCCAGCGCCUCAGUGACCCUUCGGAAUGCCCGCUACCGAGGAAGAAGAGCAUGCAGUGGGCGCGGCGGCGUCUGAGCAAAAGAAGCACCCGGGGGCAGGAUACCAGCCGGGACUCCACCAAGGACCACGGGCAGCGCGCCGCCCAGCAACGCCUCAGUCUGUACCGACGUUCCGAGAGAGAAGAGCUUUCCGAGCUGGUGCGCAACCGCAUGAGCUAUUUGGGCCUCCCAACCUCAGGAUAUGAGGACUUGAGCACUCUGACAGCCUGCGAUGUCAUGAACAGAGUCAAUCUGGGAUAUCUGCAAGGUUUGUUCCCAGAUGAGCAAAACGACCACCAAAACACUCUGUCCUACGUCCUGAUUAACCCUUCGCCAGACACCCGGCUGGAGCUCAAUGAUGUUGUCUACUUGAUUCGCUCAGACCCCCUGGCUCACGUCCCCGAGGACCCUCCGGUCUACAGCAGCAGCCUGAAAGAGAGGCACGAGUCCAGCUUUGACACCAGAGAAGAUACCCAGCUGUGAUCACAACCACCACCACCUCAACCUCUUACCUGGAAGCUUGUCCGUCCCAAGGCAGGUUUGGAACCCACACAGGACCAGCACUGCAGUCUCUGAAUGAAUUUGAUUGGCCCAAAAAUAUAGUAAGGACAAUUUUUUUUCUUCUUUAAGUUCUGGUUGAAUUGUUAUUGGCUUGGUGCUCCCUCAGGUAAAGUGAAAAUAGACAUCCAAAUCUAUUUGGCACUCGUUUGUCCAUAGUUAAUAGAUUUAACGUCCAAUUUAAGCAUAUCUUGAGCUAAUUUGUUAGAAAAUUGCAAUUCCAAGUUGGAAAAAUAGGUAUUUUUGUUGCCAAGCAUUAUCAGUGGCAGUCCUCUGGUGUAAAGGUCUUUACAUUCCUUGUGUGUUUUGGACAUACUUGGCAAAUAAAGAUGAUUCUGAUAAGUAAGACUGAGGCCCCAUCCGCACGGAAACACGUUUCAGUGUAUCUCUUAAGUUGUUUUAAAAAAAAUAUUUUUUUUUUGCAUUCUGUCCACGGAGUCAGCGUUUUGAGAGCCCGAAUCUGACCAUUGUUUAAACUACGUACCAGAGUGGCUAAAUCUCAAAAUGCUGCCCCACGGUUGUGUCAGUUAUCACGUGACCAUGCAAACAUUAAAAACAACAAAACUCCUAAGCAUGUUAAUAGCUUUUCCAGCAAAAAUCUCAACAAAAAUCCAGUCCACAAAAAUGUCUCCUUUAUUCCUCGCUUUGCAUUCACCAUUACUGUGAGUUUGACUAGAUCGCCCGACUUGUUAUUCUGUUUUGGGUGACUUCGCCUUGGCAGUGUUACAGUGCCACACAGGGCUGCCAUAUACUGUGUAGCUCAGUGUUUUCGCAUUUUCGUCUGGACGCGCAUUUCUUCAAACAAUUUUUUGUUUUGAUUAGCCCCAUUUCCGUGUGUACCAGGCUUAACAAUGAUCAUUUUGUCUCUUGUGCAGUGUUUUUACUGAUGAAAAUAAUGAGUUACUGUGAACGUUUUUCAAAAGUGCAGUGAAUUUUCUUAUUGGGUUUUUGUUAGGGCUGUCAAUAUAUAUAUUUUUAAAAUCAUAUUUAUCACACUUUUGAAUUUUGAUUAAUCACAGGUGCCAGGUAUACCAGACAUAGGACCACAUUUUGCUUUGAGAUGGUAUUUUAAACUUGAUGUGCUUCGAUGAAAAGAGAGUUCAGCGCUGCACUAUAUGUAAAUUACUGUUGUUUUAUCGAAAGGUCCAUCGGGGUGACUUUUGAAGAUUUGCCACCGAGCACACCACUCGGUAGUAUUUUCGCUUAUCUUUGCACUGACGUAAACAUUGACCUGAUCACUGACCCUGUAGCAACCUGCACCGCAUUUCAGAUAUCCAUUCGCGGUUAAAGCAAAGGAGUGUUUGUGGUCAAAAUAAAUUGUGCGAUUAAUCUGAGUUAAUACACGAUUAAAGCGAUAAUCUUUUUGUGAUAUUGAGUGAGAUAACGGCAGUGAGAUGAGUUAACGUGUUAACUUUGACAUCCCUAGUUUUUGUACAUAUUAAAAAAACUACAGUGGUACCUCGACUUACAAGUGAUCCAUCUUAUCUGUGAUACGAGCCAUCAAUGUUGGCCAAUUUUUUGUGUCUUGUGAGAAAAAAUUUCAAAUUAUGGGCGCUAGAUGGUGGCCACAAACUUAACAAUCAGCAGUUUGGCAGAUAGUGAACAAUUCUUCAAAAAAGAAGCUAAGGGCUUGCUUCAAGCUGUAUGUUGCCACUCCCAGUUAGUUUACUAUAAAACUAAGAGAAUUUCAUAUAUUUAAUCAAACAUAAGUUUGACAUCUGCUAGCUUAAUGCUAACACAUGGUGCAAAAUGGCAUAAACAGUCGAACAAAAUUAGCAUAGCUGUUGAUGUAGUUAUAAUCCUUUAGUUAAAGGAUAUUUAAACAAACGGUGCAGCAACACAUGUAGACAGACAAUAUACCAACUCAACCAUACAUUCUUUGAGCUGUAAUUUAUGUAUUAUAGUGCCCCUGGUGGCCAAUGUGUGCACACCAGAAGGAGCAGCACAAUGCCCAUUGAAUUAUAAUGAUGCACCAAGUGUUUGAUUCUUUACAUUGUAUUUAAUAGUGUUAUUACUGUAUGUUUUUCUAAAGUGCAAUACUGUACAGUGCUAUUUUUAUUAUUAUUAAAAACAUGUCAUAAACA